UCCAUCACACUACUCACCAGAGCUGGGCAGAAGCCCUUGCAAUGAGUUGGGGUAUGCUUUAGUCUGUGCAGUAGGCUACAAGCUAAGGUGCACAAACCAGCUGCUAGACAGCACUGGCAUCAGGCAGAGAAAGCGGCUGCAAAUGAUAACAAGAGAAAAGGUGCCCAGAAGCACAGUAACGGAAGACAUCGUGCACCCGAGAGACCACAACCCGGGAGGAGGAGAUGGUCUAGCCUUGCGGGAGGGAGGGGAGAUCUAGCUCUCCUGGCCAACUGAGACAUAUCAACUCAUGGGUCGAUUCCCCAGAUUAUAUGUCGCCACCUCCUGUACGGUCAGCAGAAAGUAGGAAGUAAUUAGUGGUUGUAAUGCAACUGAUUCCCUGCUUCCUUAGUAAAGCAUCUGCGUUUUUAGAGCUGAAGCGUUCAAGGUGUAGGGGAGCAGUAUAGACAAGCCAUGACUUGCUACAGUACCAACUAGCAAAAGUAAAUUGUCCGACCAACAUUACUAAGCUUUGGAUUUCACAGGAUCAGAUUGCUCAUGUUUAAUUGCCGACCUCUCCUCCCGCUGGAUUAAUUACAGCUAAAAUACAACUUCUGCAUCUCAGAUCACGUGUGUCUAGGAGGAUCCCAGCAAGGUGUUGAUUCAAAAGCUGUGAAAGUCAUCGCCCUUGGUCAGCUCAGCUCAUUCAGUACCCACCACUGCCAGGGUUCUUUAACUGUCUUGGAGUGGUAACCGCUUUGCUUUCCACUUAGUAGGAUCAUGCAUGUCACCACACUUCGACUUGUAUAAAACUUGGGGGCAAGUUGAAUGAGAACAGUCAGAUGCCAUAAUUACCGGCGUGUUUUUUCUAGUAUUGCGUAGUAAUUUUCACAUAGCAGUAAAUCAACACUAGAAGGAUAUUGCAAGUGUUAAGCGUGCAUGGAGGCUCUAUGACUUCAGAGGCUAACUUUUCUUGAACAAAACUCCAUCAUGUCCCUUUUAUGCACUCGGAACCCAUGGUAGCUAGUGUCCCUUUAAGGAUUUGGAGCUCCCGGUGUAGCUAACGGUGGGGUAUUCUCAGCACUAUUUGCAUGAUUUGUUAGCACCAUUACCCCCGGUUUUGGAAGUGUGUGCGUCCGAUAAACGGAAUUCUGAGGACAACCAGUAGAAGACACUUCAUCUGAGGAGAGGAUUAUGUGUGAUACUGUAUAAUUCUGACUGGCAGCUGUAGCAAACUGCUCACUCAGGGCUGUAGAAGUUAAUCUGGUGAUACUGUCAUCUGCAUUGCUGCAGGGGAAAUGGAAAGCUAAUCGCUGGUGACCACUGAUUCGAUUUUUUUCUGAUUCUCCAUAGGACUAGUACCCAAAGCAGUCAUCGGUAUAAGGAUUUGUUGCUUUGUUUGAUAAGUGUCGCUGUCAACGGGAAACAUACUUGGACUUAUGGGUCCUUCCCUCCCGAGUACUCUGGCAGUUGGAUUUGGCAGUACUGGACACUGUGCAUCACAGCUGCAUUGAGAAAAAUAGACUUUACUUGUGUGUGCAGUGGGAAACGACGGCAGGAGACAGUAGUUUUGCCGGGGCACUCGUUGAAGGUUUGGGCUGUGGGGACAUAGUGACACCUUGCAGUUAGCAGUACCCAGCCACAAAAGUUUGCAUGCCACUCAUGAGCAAGCUAGUUGAAGCUCCGGUUGGGUUUGCUAAGCUAUGGGCACUAAACAAACCAAAGGAUGCCAUCCUUCUGCAGCAGCUGAAAGCCCCCAGCACAACCUGGGGUCCCGUAGAAAGACUUCAUCGAGGGACAAGGGGGAUAUUUUCUCCUCUUUCAUGCUGAGAUCCAGCGAAAAGUUUGGAAAGUGUGGAACCCCUCCCCCUUAUCAGAAACGAAUCACUAUGAUUCAGGAGAUGUUGAUGCUUGUCAAGCAGGGAAGACAAGAAGAUGCAACUGAGUUAUUGAAACACCUGCGGCAGGAUUUAGGAAUGGAGUCCACAUCACUGGACGAUGUCUUGUAUCGUUAUGCCAGCUUCCGGAAUUUGGUGGAUCCUAUCACACAUGACCUCAUCAUUAGCCUUGCUCGAUACAUCCACUGUCCAAAGCCGGAAGGAGACUCAAUUGGAACCAUGGAGAAAUUGUGUAGACAACUGACCUAUCACCUCAGUCCUCACUCUCAGUGGAGACGUCAGGGUCUCAUGAAGAGGAAACCCCAGGCAUGCUUGAAAGCUAUCCUUUCUGGUCCUCCUACCAGUAAUACAGUAGACCUGUCUGGAAUUCCUCUGACAAUGAAAGAUAUGGAUCGUGUAAUCGCUUAUCUGCAACACUACUCUGAACGAAUCUCCAGCCUAGAGCUCUGCUUUACUGAGUUAACAGAUGAAAUGUUUCUUCAUCUCCUUCCAGCACUAAGUUCCUUGCCACAUCUUUCUACCCUUUCAUUAAAUGGGAAUAGACUUACCAAAGCUGUACUCAGAGAUCUGACUGAAAAUCUAAAGGAUAGCGAAAAAUUUCCUAGUGUAACGUGGAUUGACCUUGGGAACAAUGUAGACAUUUUUUCUCUGCCACAGCCUUUCCUAGUGAGCCUUCGAAAACGCAGUCCCAAGCAAGGGAAUCUGCCAACAAUCUUGGAAUUUGGAGAGGGUCAGUUGAGUGACCUGGAAAGCCAUGAUGAAAAUUUAACAGAAAGUCAAGAAGACUUGUGCUCAGAGGAGGAGGAUGAAAGCAGUUUACUCCAAGAAAUAACUGUGGAGUGUAGUGGAGAGUCAGAGAGUGAUAUUCAUAGUGCUUCUGGACCAAUCCUAGAGCAGCCAACCUACGAUAAAAAAUCUCAUCACAUGACAUCUACAGUAUCAAAUCAGACAUAACUGUCACUGUUUCACUGUCUUUUUAAUACUAGCGGAAGUGUCAUUGAACUGGUAUUUCAAAUAUGAGAACAUUCAGGUGUCAGUGAUCAGUUUUAAUGCUGACUAUUAGCCAUUUGAAGACUAUAGAUGAAACUGCCAUCAAAUUUUGAUGCAAAUAUAAAUUGUCUUGUAUUAACUAUCUACAUGCAGUUUAAGAUGAAACGUAUACUUGUAAAACCCCUCUUCUAAAAAAAAAUACAGACACACUAUGCCAAUUUAUUACAGUGCCUGCCAAGCUUACUAAAUCAUAUUUUAUAUGCAAAAAUUAGUGUACAAAUACUUUUGAGAUUAUAUUAUGGAUAAAAUGUGACUAAAGGUGUAUUUUAUUCACAGUCAAUGCUCUACUCGUAUGUUUUAUAAACAAUAUGUUUUCUUGGAAUCAUUUAGGAAAUAAGGAAAUCUGUGGACCCUUACCUUUAAAGAUCCUCUACAUUUAUAGUGAAUUUUUAUUGAACGUAUAGUACAGUCUGUCUGUGCCAUUGAUGUCUUUACAUUUUAACACUUAGAGCUUGGAAUUAAAAGUUCUUAUUGAAAUCUGUGGUGGGGGGGGGGGGAUGAAAAUACCACACAGUUCCAAUAUGAUUCCAUAUGAAUCGGGUUUCAAAAAAGUCUCAAAUGUUAUCUAUAGACCUGUACUCCACAGUUUUUUGAGAAGUGUGGAUCUUUUUUUUCUCAUGUUUAUGGUAGAAUAUUAUAUUGUGAGUUAUAGAUUUACAAACCCAUUAUGUAUUCCUUUGGGAUUAGAAAAAUAAUUCUAAACAGCAUUUUCUGGGUGGAAGUUUAAUGCUGCAUUCCUUACAGGUAUUCCAGUAUCCUCUACAUAGUGAAAGACAGAAAAAAGACUAAAUACAUGCAGCACUACAAUUAUUUUGUAUUAAUUCUAAGAAAUUAUUUUUCAGUAGCAGAAAAAUUCUGUUGUAGUCAUGAUUGUGUUAAUACUGAAGAUAUACUAAAUAUUAGAAUAUGGGUGAUACAUUUAAGUGUCCUUUUCUAUAGUAUCAAGAAUGGGGGAGUAGUGUUAUGAGGUUUCACCCAAGAUGAUAUAGUAAUGGAUAGUUGGGUCCCCCAACACCAGAUUUGCACAUACAAAGGAAUGUACUGCCUAUACAAAGAGAAGCACAGUCCUAUGCUUUCAGGCCCAAGUUGCAUAUUCUGCUUCAAUGAGGACCAACUAAUUGCCCCAGAUUUUGCAAGCUUUGUAAUGGGCCUCUGAUGCUUGCAUGAUUUUUAAAACACUUUUGCUAGCUGGUUAUGAAGCUUCAUUCUAUGAACACCAACAUGCCUGUAUUCACACAAGAGGCAUGGCUAGAUGGGUGUAAAUUGUUAAACAAUUGUUCCUAUUUGUAUUUUUCUAUGUUUGGAAUGCUGCGAUAAAACUGAUGCAUCAUGUCCUUUCUAUGGCCUUACACUGCCAAUUUUUACUUAUGUCUGCUAUUGGAAUGUUUUAUUAAUUCUUCUAGAACUUUGCAGUGUCACCCAGUUUGUUGUCUUUAAUGUUUUAUAUGUGAUCGUUUGUUUUAGGAUGCUCUGUGUUAUUUGUGUAAAGUUUGCAAUGACAGACUAUGCUAACCAAAAUUAUCUUAAAUAAAAAAAAGUUUAUUAUAGAA